AUGGAACAAGAUGAAACUAUGGAGAGACUCGCCGAAAUGGAGUUGUCAUUGGCCAAUGAAAUUGAAUCGGCGAAGAAGGCAAGAGAAGAAAGUGAAGAGAUGAAAAAUUUGUUAACUGAACAGUUGGCAAUGGUCAGGGAUGAUGUGGAAAGGAAGAUUGAUGAAAUCCAAGAAAACAUUGAAGUCAACAAGGAAAGUAUAGGAGUCAACAAGGGAAAUAUUGAAAUCAACAAGGAAAGUAUAGGAGUCAACAAGGGAAAUAUUGAAAUCAACAAUGAAAAUGUUGAAGUCAAUAAGGAAAGUAUUGAAGUCAACAAGGGAAAUAUUGAAAUCAACAAUGAAAAUGUUGAAGUCAAUAAGGAAAGUAUUGAAGUCAUCAAGGGAAAUAUUGAAAUCAACAAUGAAAAUGUUGAAGUCAAUAAGGAAAGUAUAGGAGUCAACAAGGGAAAUAUUGAAAUCAAUAAGGAAAGUAUUGAAAUCAUCAAGGGAAAUAUUGAAAUCAACAAUGAAAAUGUUGAAGUCAAUAAGGAAAGUAUAGGAGUCAACAAGGGAAAUAUUGAAAUCAACAAGGAAAGUAUAGGAGUCAACAAGGGAAAUAUUGAAAUCAACAAUGAAAAUGUUGAAGUCAAUAAGGAAAGUAUAGGAGUCAACAAGGGAAAUAUUGAAAUCAACAAGGAAAGUAUAGGAGUCAACAAGGGAAAUAUUGAAAUCAACAAUGAAAAUGUUGAAGUCAAUAAGGAAAGUAUAGGAGUCAACAAGGGAAAUAUUGAAGCCAAUAAUGAAAAUAUUAAACAGGUGAUCAGUGAUGCAACCUUACUUAAGAAUGGUAUGACGUCUAUGCAGGAUGACGUAGCUUCGAUGAAGAAAGAAGAAGCCAACAGAGUAACAAGAAACGAAUUAAUUGCGCUGGAAACAAAGGUUAUGAGAACUGAGGCAACAAUAAGGGACAGUAACUCGGCUAUCAGACGCGACAUGAAUAACAAACCAAGUCCGGUUAUCAUACUGAGCAGCGAGGAAACGAAGCCUGAAGGAAAUCCCAAAUGUGCUAGAGUCUGUGCUGGAACUUCAAGGCCGAGAACCGAGGCCGAGACAGUUUGGGUCCGAGUCAGUUCGCACAAAAUUAAAUUGAUAGUCGACAUCAGCUUAUGUGGAUUCUUCAAAGUUCCUACAAUAACAACAUCAAUAGGAGGAAAGAAAAGCCAUGGCUAUGAACUUGGAGUUGGAACAGCAUUUUAUUUGCACAAUAAGAGCUUUGUGGUCUAUCUCCAUAGUGAUCAGGGAUGGGACAUAGAUGCACAAGAGGCAAAGAAAUGGCUUUGGAAUGUGAGAUGGAUAGCAGUCGGAUAUACAUGUUAAUAACUCACAAUGUAGAAGGAACUAUACUAUACUACAGUGUACAUUGAAAUUAAAAUUAAGAAAAUUGGUCUUAUUCAUUUUAAAUUCGAAAUUUCAUACUAUGAUUGAAAUGAUUAAAUGCUCUUCAAUGGGUCCUUACUCCUUAGAAUCACUAAAACUAU